GACUACAUAAACUGAUAGCGAAUGGGUACAAAGCGGUUGUAAAAGACACAAUUUGUGGCAUUGCGGGGGACUUGUGCUCCGGUACAACGAAACGGCCUCGAAAUAAACGUUGACAUCUCCUCUGUUUACAGUGAUAUUUAGGUCCAAAUAUGGCGACGGUUGUAUGUUAACGCAGGGCUCAGACUAUUCCAUGGAAGCGACUGGAACAGAUAAUCGCACUCUGUCAUAACGUUAUAUGUUUUGUGUCAUGGCCUUUCACGAUGAGCAGUUCUAUUUACAGGACCGAAAGCGGCAGAAGUGUCAACGAUGCACGGCUCAAAAUGUCCUCCUGAGAACGCGUAUUUGGACCAAAAUAAAUGGACCGAGAAUUUAGCGUUUCUUAUGAUGACAUCGAGGUGUAAACAACCAAAGCAACCGCCCAUUAUCGAUAUGCUUUGUUCACAUUUCUAGCUGGACUUUCACCCUUACUGGUCUACUACAACGUCCCGGUGACAUAACAGGAAUUCCUUAAUAUGAGUGAUGAUAAACCUUUCCAAUGUACUGCUCCUGGGUGUGGACAGAGAUUUACAAAUGAGGAUCACUUGGCUGUCCACAAACACAAACAUGAGAUGACCCUAAAGUUUGGCCCAGCAAGGAAUGACAGUGUCAUUAUUGCUGACCAAACUCCUACACCGACCCGCUUUUUGAAGAACUGCGAGGAGGUUGGGCUCUUCAAUGAACUAGCAAGUCCGUUCGACCAUGAUUUCAAAAAAGCAACUGAAGACGACAUUAAAAAGUUACCGUUGGAUUUGUCCCCUCUUGCAACGCCCAUAAUACGCAACAAAAUUGAGGAACCGACACCUCUAGAGGCUCAUCGAGAUAGUCCUCUGCCUCAUCCUGAGUCUACUACAAAUGAUGACAAGGACUUAUCCUUGCAGCCAGCAUCACUGCCAACAUCCACUAUAGUCCAUCCUGCAUCCCUCCAAGUUCCCAAUGUACUUCUAGCAACCUCAGAGGCUAAUGUUGUAAUACAGCAAGCUCUCCCAUCACCAACAUCUAGCUCUGUUAUUACCCAAGUCCCAUCCACUAAUAGGCCUAUAGUCCCAGUGUCUGGCACCUUCCCUGUGCUCUUACAGCUGCCCAAUGGCCAGACCAUGCCAGUUGCUAUACCUGCUGCCAUUACAAGCUCAAGUGUACAUAUUCCAACUGCAAUCCCUCUUGUCAGACCUGUCACCGUAGUGCCUAAUGUCCCCGGGAUCCCAGGACCUCCCUCGCCACAGCCACAGCCACAGCCCGUCCAAUCAGAGGCAAAGCUGAAACUGAAAGCCACGUUAAACCAGCCACUUCCUCAGGUAACCAAUGGUGAUGGUGGUGAAGUCCAGAGCAGCGCUGUAACCCACACCGCAGCUCCCACUUCUCCUGCUCCGACCCCAGCUCCGGCCCCGGCCACGGUCCUAACUCCUGCUCCGGCUCCUCACCUGCCCACGACUGAGGAACCUUCUCCCCAUUCCCUCCAGCAGCCAGCCACCUCCACCACAGAGACACCCGCUUCCCCAGUGCCCCCUGUGCAAAACCCUCCAAGUACAGGAGGUCGACGGCGCAGAACCACAAGUGAAGACCCCGAUGAGAAGCGGCGCAAGUUUCUGGAGCGGAACCGCGCUGCAGCCUCUCGCUGUAGGCAAAAGAGGAAAGUGUGGGUCCAGUCUCUGGAGAAGAAGGCUGAGGACCUCAGCUCCUUGAACGGACAACUACAGAGUGAAGUCACCCUGCUGCGAAACGAAGUGGCUCAGCUGAAGCAGCUUCUUCUGGCUCAUAAAGAUUGCCCUGUAACUGCCAUGCAGAAGAAAUCUGGCUAUCACAUCUCCGACAAAGACGAGAGCUACGAGGAAAUGUCCAUCCCGGGCAGCCCCCAGAGCGAGGCCAUCCAGAACAGCUCCAUCAGCACUUCCAACGGGGUCAGCUCCUCCUCCGUGACCCUGGCGUCCUCCGCCCCGUCCAGCACAGCCGCCGCCACGACGUCGAACCAGAGCACAGAGAAGAAUCAGCCGCGGAGGGGCGCCAGCCAGUCGCAGCCCUCAGGGAGUUGAUUGUCCUGAACUGUGCAUGAGCGUCAACACUGGAGCGCUGUUUCCUCCUCGGUCUCUCUGACAAACAGAGGGAAGGAAUUCUCUCUCAGCUUCAGUUUGGACCGCAGUGUUCUUAAUUUAUUCUUGAUUGGUUUGUUUAUGUUUGGUCCUUUUUUUUUUCCACAGGCAAUGCUUUUGGAAAUGCAAUGUUUUCUCUCGAAUUGAUGAAGACAAAAGAACAGGCACUUUAGGUGUAAGAUGUAAAACAGGUGGUUUUAAAAUGUUUUUGUAUUUGUGUAACUUAUUUAUUAAUCUUCUAUAUUUUUUUAUUUGAAUGCGGUCAGCCUGAAGGUUGACCAGUGAGUUGUUAGAGACCAUACCAAAGUGUGUUGUGGCUCAUUUCUAAUUAGUUUGCUCGUUUGUCUCCAUGUCUUUUUAUAAGCACUAUCUUUAUGAUGAAGUUAAUUAAUUUAAACUCAGUCACUUUCCUUUGUAAUUUACUUUAUUUCCAUUUUGCACACUAUGAGAGAUGACGGGUUUACCUUUUUAGAGUUUUGACAGUCCACAUGUUAAGUGCUUGGAGCUUUAUAAGAGUAGAUUUGAAUACUGUCACAUUACACAAAUGUAAAUGGCUGAACCAAGUUUUAGGUUUGACAACUUUUCUGUAUGAUCAGCUGUAGUUGCUUUGUGCAGUUUGAAUGUUUGUUUUUUUUAAAAAAAAAAAUAGUCUUAAGGAGGUGACCUGGUUAGACGUGUGUUAUGUCAUUAACAUUCCAUCUCUAGUCUGAAGCAGUGAUUGUAUGAUUGCAGUACCUUUUCCACUACUCGAUCAUGGUGACGGUGACUCAGUGCCAUUAAUGUUUUUGUAUAACUUACUUCUGUACAUUUUUAAUGCAGAUUAGCUUGAGUUGAUGGCCGUCCUCUCAGAUGAAGGGUUCCACGAACAUAGUUUCUCAGUAAGGAGUUAUCUCGCUUUGUACACUGUCUUUGCUUUCUAAGUGACUCUUUAUGGCUUCAGUGUCUGAUGCAGAACAUUUAAGGACAUUGUGCUGUUUUCAUGAUGACAACUCUAAAUGACGUUUUUAGAAAACAUUGUAAAUGACAUCAGUUGUAUGUGAUCUUUCUUGAUGUUAUGUAUUUUUUUUUAUAGAAUAGUCUGGAUUCAGUAGCUGAGCCCUGUUGAUCACAUUAACUCUAUUAGCGGUUCAAAAAUGAUCUUAGCAAUCAUUAGUAUAGGCCUCUCCUCGACUCGAUACACUUUCAUGUAAAAACUAAAGCAUUCAGAUGUGAAGGGGAAUCACGUCAUGUAUAUUAGAGUAAUUCUACUACUACUGCUUGUAAGAAUUGUGAGCAUUUCAUCAUUGAAAUAACAGUAGGAAGCAAAUCACACUAUGGAGUCAAUUUGCCUUUUCUCUUAGUCUGUACUGGCUUACUACUAUGUAGUUUUAUGAGAAGCUAACACUGUUUUCUUAAAGUCUGAUUUUUUUUAAAAAAAAAACCAACAAAAAAAACCAAACAAAACAAAAUAAAAAAAACUUUACUGUAAUGUGCUAUCUGCAUGAGAUAAUUCUCUGCGAGAAUUUAACUGUUCAUUCGAUAAUGUCUCAGUCAGAUAAACAUCAUUAAACAAGUUGUUUUAACUUGAGUUGUGGUUUGAUGAAAGCUUUGGUUAUUCGUUUUACCUUGCCUAAAUUAAGGGGGUGUGAUACUGUGUUGAAAGUGUACUUGUAACUUGUGAAAGUUCUGUAUAAAAUUUGAAUUGAUAAGUUGUUGUAAUAAACUUUUAAUAUCUCUUUAAAA